AUGACUCUCGGGUGCAGGAUACUUGCCUUAGAGCAGAGGCGGCCCAGGGCGUUACUCUCUCAGGUGGUGAGGCACCACGUGGCAAAGAGCCGGCUGCUGAGACGGUCUCAGCUGCAGCUGGGGCAGCUGGAUGGGAUCAUAGGGUAUCUUGUGGAGGAGCUGGGGAUGGGGCGUGCGCGCUGCUUUGUAGCAGUUGAUGAGGGUGACUAUGACGAGGAUGAUGACUGGGGGGGCGUGGGCAGCAGGCAGUGUGGAGCAGGUGGUACCUCAUCCCCAACACACGUUCUCUACGCGUUUUGCAUCAACUCAAAGCUUCCUAUACUGUCCACCCUUCCACCUGUGCUGUGCCUGCAGAGCACCGCAAUCUCAAGACACGUUCACCACGCUUCCCCCGCCCCCUACCUCCGCCCCCUUGCCCUCAGUUCCCACCUCCGCCCCCCUCCCCCGCUCCCCCCACCUCCGCGCCCCCUGCCUUCACCUCCUCCUGCCCACUCCACCCAACCCACCACCACCAGUAGCAGCAACACCACUAUCAUCUCUGCAGCUGUUGCUUCUGCAGCUGCUGCCGCUACUGCUUCGUUCGCUGCACACCCUUCUGUCACAGGACCUACCACUGUUCCAGGCCCAGGAGGAGCAGUAGUACCUGCUGCAGCAGCAUCAUUAUCAGGAUCAGCAGCAGCAGCAGCAGCAGCAGCAGCAGCUGCGGCGGCGACCGCGGCAGCAGUUGCACAGAGUGCAUCUAGAGGGAGAGGCAGGAGCAGCUACUCUGCCCCUUUUGAGGCCCGUUCUGCAGUGGCAGCAGCAGCAGCGGGGGGUGGGGGUGGGUUGAGGGUGAGAGCAGCACACGUGGGUCCCUUUGCCAUGCAAAUGUCUGGCCCGCUGCCCCGCCCCUCUGCUGUUGAACAAGCUGUGGUCCGGCAGGUGGCUUGGCAGGUGGGAGCAGGCGGAAGUGGGGGAGGGCGGUUCAGCUUUAGCUCUGUCAGCAGGGAAGGCCCAGCAGGUGGGUUGGCAGGAGGUCCUUCAGGUGGUUUGGCAGGGGGCUUCACAGGUGGGCUGACUGGAGGAGCAGCCAUGCCCAUGCCUGGGCUUCACGCCCCAGCGAAGAGAGUAAGCCAUUCGGGGCCGAUUCUCCGGGCAGCGGUGCUGGUGCUGGCACCUGCCUUCUCAUCCAGCCUCCAGCAAGCGUACAUGAUAGGAGCCAUACCCUCCCAACCUCCUAUGCCUUCCCAAUCACCCAUGUCCUCUCAACCUGCUACGACCCUCACAGCUGCUCCUGUGUCUGGGUAUGCCUACGCUGGGGCAGCAGCAGGGGGAGCAGUGGGCAGCGGGGCAGGGUAUGGGAUGGAGCCGCAGCCUAGCUGGCAAGCUGGUGUGUCUGGAGCCGGUAUGAGGCCAACAGGGAUGGCAGCCGCAGCAGGAGCAACAGGCCUAGCAGUCCCGGCAGCAGUGUCGAUGGGACCUUCAACAGGAGUCCCAAUGGGAGUUCAAACGGGAGGCCUGGGUGUGGGUCAAAGCUAUCCGUCCCACCCAGCUUACGCCCGCAGCUCUUUCUACGGAGGCAGUGGUUUGCUCUCCUCAGCCGGCAUUCCAGGCCUGACCGGUGCUGGUGGCAGUGGUAGCAGCAGCGGCAGUGGUGGCGGCGGCAGUGGCGGUUUCAACAGCAGCGGCACAGGACACAUGCGGGGAGAGAGGCUGAUAAAAUCCGGCCCGAUUGGGCCGAGUAACAGCUACUAUGUGGCCAUGGCUGCUCCUGCGCUCUCCCCGCCCAAGGUCACAGAGUUAUAUGCCCUCCCGCCUCCACCUUUGGAGCUGAACUCGUCUCCUGGUAGAGUGGUUUUCAGGGGGCACGGGGGGUGCUGCCCUGUGCAGCGCCUCGUGGCCUCGCCCUUCACUCCCCCCAUGCCAGUUUUUCUCAUGCACCAACAAUCACUUUUCCUGCCCUUCUCCUUCCCCUUGCCCCCUCUCACUCCUCCUUGCCUGUGCUGUGCAGUCCCUGUGUUCCAUAGAUAG